CAAGUCUUCUCACAUAUCCUAGCCAUAGGAAUACGAAGAGAUGUAUACCUUCCUAAAAAACAUAGGAAGUACUGCUCCUUAUCCAUGGCUUAGGAGGAUAAUGAUAGUGUUUGUGUUGGUAAAUGGAAUGUGUUGUCAUGGGUGUUGGGAGCAAGAGAGGAUUGCCCUGUUGCACCUUAAACUUCCAUCAACUACCCAAAUGGUAGGUCUUUGCCUUCUUGGGUGGAUGAUCGAUAUGCCAACUGCUGUCAAUGGGAAGCAGUUGAAUGUAGCAAUAAUUCAAAGAGAGUGAUCCAACUCUCUCUUACUCGUACAAGGGAUCCGAGAUUAAGAAAUUAUGACUGGCAUUUCAAUGCUUCACUAUUUCUUCCUUUUGAAGAGCUCAAGACUCUUAACUUGAGUGGAAAUGGUUUAGUUGGUUGCGUUGAUAAUGAAGGUUUUUUUAAUUCAUAUGUUCCUUUUGUAUUUUAUUUAUGUUAUUAAUUUUUGCUUCUCAAAUUUUACACAACAGUAUUUAUUUAUUCAAUUUUUUUUCCAGGUUUUGAAAGACUUUCCAUGCUAACCAAUAUUCGAAUUCUUAAUUUGAGUUAUAAUAAAUUAAAUUACACUAUUUUGACCUUUGUUACUGAUAUUGGGUAACUUGAGUAAGUAUACUUGGAUGCAAAAUAUGAUGUGACAUCAUGGGUGUUGGGAGCAAGAAGGGAUUGCCUUGCUGGGCCUCAAAGCUUCUAUCAUCUACCCAAAUGGUGACUCUUCAAUUACUUUCUUGGGUGGAUAAUCAAUCUACUAACUGCUAUUAAUAAGAAGCAGUUGAGUGUAGCAAAACUUCAAAGAGAGUGAACCAAUUCUCACUUAAUUACACAAGGGAUUGGAGAUUAGAAAAUUAUGGGUGGUAUUUGAAUUCUUCACUAUUUCUUCUCUUUAAAGAGCUUAAGAUCCCUGACUUGAAUGACAUUUAUUUAGUUGAGUUGGGUUGAGAAUGAAAGGUUUUUAUUUAUUUAUUUAUAGUUUAUUAUGUAUUUCAUUUAUAUUUUUUGUUUUUAUUUAUGAAAUUCUAGAUGGCAAUACUUACUAAUUCAAUUUUUUUUUAUAGGUUUUAAAAAACUUUGGAUGUUGAUCAAUCUUGAAAUUCUUGAUUUAAGUUAUAACAACUAUAAUAAUACCAUUUUGAAAUUUGUUGGUAAAAUAUCAUCUUUGAGAUCUUUAUCUCUUGCAGGCAAUUAUAGGAACAUCAAUUGAUUUGAAUAAUAAGUUCACUUCUGUGCUAGACUUACUUUUGCAAAACAAUAAGUUCACUUACUUUUGCAUAUAAUGACAUGGUGAAAUAUUAUUUUCUUUUACAGGUUUUAAAAGACUUUCAAAGUUGAUCAAUCUUAAAGUUCUUGAUUUGAGUUACAAUCUUUUUGAUGAUAUCAUUUGGAAAUUUGUUGGUGAAAUAUCAUCUUUGAGAUCUCUAUCUCUUAUAGGCAAUUAUAAUAUGGGAACAUCAAUUGAUUUGAAUUGUUUUAAAAGACUUUUGAAGUUGAUCAAUCUUAAAGUUCUUGAUUUGAGUCAUAACCUCUUCAAUGAUACCAUUUUUGAAUUUGUUGGUGAAAUAUCAUCUUUGAGAUCCCUAUCUCUUGCAGCCAAUUUUAUGGGAAUAUCAAUUGAUUGGAAUAAUUUUAAAAGUCUUUUGAAGUUGAUCAAUCUUAAAGUUCUUGAUUUGAGUUAUAACCUCUUCAAUGAUACCAUUUUGGACUUUGUUGGUAAAAUAUCAUCUUUGAGAUCUCUAUCUCUUGCAAACAAUUAUAUGGAAACAUCAAUUGAUUUGAAUAGUUUUAAAAGACCUUCGAAAUUGAUCAAUCUUAAAGUUCUUGAUUUGAGUUAUAACUUCUUCAAUUGUACCAUUUGGGAAUUUGUUGGUGAAAUAUUAUCUUUGAGAUCCCUAUCUCUUGCAAACAAUUAUAAUACGGGAACAUCAAUUGAUUUGAAUAAUUUUAAAAGACUUUCGAAAUUGAUCAAUCUUGAAGUUCUUGAUUUGAGUUAUAACCAACUCAAUAAUACCAUUUUGGAAUUUGUUGGUGAAAUUUCAUCUCUAAGAUCCCUAUCUCUUGCAUACAAUGACAUGGGAACAUCAAUUGAUUUGAAUAGUAAGUUCACUUUUAUGCUAGACUUACUUUUGCAAAACAAUAACCCUUCAAGAAUUGAGAAAGAAUUAGUUAUGGAGUUUUCAAUCAUAAAAUAUAUAUAAAAAAGGAAAUCAAUUUUACUAUUAGAUUACUCAUCUUCCAAAGUGCGAGAAAGAAAUUCACAAACUUUAAGAAAAGGGGAUGUAUAGAAGCAUGGUUGCCUACAAUUAAAUUGUAUCCUUAAUUAUAAAAUGACAGAAAAUAAGAUCAU